AUGUUGCAGAAGACCAGUGGACACACUGGUGGCACCAGCACCACCAUCACCAAAAUCCUGAAAGGGUCUUCUCUUGCUGCCAGGGGUGACAACACUGUGAUGAGCACUGUGAGGGGCUAUGCGCCUUGGUGCAACCUCUCUCUCAAUGCCAGAGGUGUAUGGAGGGGACUAUUCAUGGUGAGCUGCAGCCCUGCUAACAUGAAACACCUCUUCGAGGCUGUAAAGGCAUUGGUGCAGAACAAUGUCAUUGACUUUGUUCUGGCAUUUGGAGGAUCUGGCACCUUGCCAUUCAUGAUAUCCAACACCAUCCAUACUUUCAUUGCAGAGACCAGUGUCUUUGGACAGACCAAUGUUUGCUCAGCAGUUUGCAACAUGGUGUCCUUGUCCUUCAACUUUUUAGACUACACUACUGCAGUGGUUGUGUUCACCAGCAUAAUUGAUAACAGGCAUGUCUUGGAAUGCCGUCAAAUUGGCAAGGCCAUUGCGGGAGAUCAGGGUGUCAGCCAAUGCCAGCGGACAUCUGUUAGGACUGAUGAAGACAACAAGCACUUCAAGAAAGUGAAUGUUGUGUCUGCCAGCGAGUUCAACCCUGAAUCACUGCCGGUCAAUGAGGUGAAGUGA